UCGCCUUUUCUUCCCUGCUCUCUUCGAUCGAUUGCUUUCGCCUUUCUCUUCCUCACGUGUUUUAUGUUUGGGAGGAGAGAAACGAAACAUGGCUGCUACCUCUACCGAAGUGCAACUUGUUCCUGCCAAAAAGCCCAUAGUCCGAGGACCACGCCGAGUAGCCAAUCAGAUUCCAAAUGAAAUCCUCCAAGACCUCGAGUUACAGGAGGCGAUCAAAGCCCUGCCUGCAAAUUACAACUUUGAGAUCCACAAGACCGUCUGGAGAGUGAGACAAGCAAAAGCUACAAGAGUCGCUCUGCAACUUCCGGAGGGCCUGCAGAUGUUUGCCUGCAUCAUCGCCGACAUCAUUGAGAGGUUCACAGAGGCAGAUACCAUUGUGAUGGGAGACGUGACGUACGGGGCCUGCUGCGUGGACGACUUCACGGCCCGGGCCCUGGGAGCCGACUUCAUGGUGCACUACGGCCACAGCUGUCUCAUCCCCAUAGACUCGACAGCAGGCAUUAAGAUGCUGUAUGUGUUUGUGGAUAUCCAGAUGGACAAUGCACACUUCCUGGACACGGUCAAGUUCAACUUCCCCCCUGGACAAUCUCUGGCACUCGUCAGCACUAUUCAGUUUGUGGCAGCGCUGCAGGCUGUGAGCGCAGUCCUCAAGCCAGAGUAUGAUGUGCUCGUCCCACAGUGUCGCCCUCUGUCACCAGGAGAAAUAUUGGGCUGUACCUCCCCUCGCUUGGACCGCCAUGUCAAUGCCAUAGUCUAUCUUGGAGACGGACGAUUUCACCUGGAGUCAAUCAUGAUUGCAAACCCAGAUAUCCCUGCCUACAGAUAUGACCCCUACAGUAAGGUGUUCUCCAGGGAGUACUAUGACCAUGAGUCUAUGCGCGCAUUAAGGCUCCAGGCUAUUGACAAGGCUCGACUUGCCCAGAGGUGGGGCCUGAUCUUGGGUACACUCGGCCGACAAGGCAGCCCCAAAGUCCUGGAGAACCUCGAGUCAAAGCUACAGUCGCUGGGAAGGUCCUUCACUCGAGUCCUCCUUUCUGAGAUUUUCCCCAGCAAGCUGGAUCUGCUGCCGGAUGUUGACGCGUGGGUGCAGAUCGCGUGUCCACGCCUUUCUAUCGAUUGGGGCACAGCCUUCACCAAGCCCCUGCUGUCUCCAUAUGAGGCAGCUGUUGCUUUGCAGGAGGUAGGCUGGAAGGAAGUGUACCCCAUGGACUUCUAUUCCAAUCAGAGCCUGGGGCCGUGGACGCCCAACCACCCCGACAACCAGCCGGCGCGGCCCGCACGCAGACAUGCGCAGAACCCAGGCUCGGAGCCAGCCCCUUCUCCCAGGCAGUGCGAGCAGCAGAGCCAGUGCGCCCCUUGUGGCUGUGAAGGGAAAUGACGCGUCGUGACCGGGGGGGGGGCCGCCUUCGGCUCGUCUCGUGCCUCUGCUUAAGGAGGGACGUCAAAGCCGAGGAGGAGAGCGGGUAUUGGUCCAGUCCAUCAGGCACCAGAGCUUUUCAGCCUCUCCUCGAAUGGAUUACCAGCCUUACACAUAUAACCCCUAAUCUUUCAGCACAGCAGAUCAAAACACGUUCACUGACUGCACUCACUGACAUUUUUUUUUUUUUUUUGUUUUCUGCUCAAAGCACAUGCCACUCAGAGAAUAGUUCCUACGUGAGGAGCUGCUUUCUGCUGUGCUAGGACAGAACGUCUUCCUGCACGGUAGAGAAUGUGCUGCCCGCUCCGUAACACAGACGCCGCUUUUGUAACUGUAAAGAACGAGGGAUGAGGCUCAGGACGACCUUGAGCAUGUUGCGUGCAAUUAAGUGUCCGUUAAUGUGGGUGACUUAAGUCAAAUGCAGCCCACGUGUCCUUGGAUGUCACUUCAAAUGAGCUUCCCUUUAUGCCGUGUUUCCCAGACACUUAGACAUGUAAGAAGCUCUUUUUCUUUCUUUUUUUUUUUCCAUGUACAGCAUGAGACUUCCUCCACAUUUUCUACUAAAUAUGUGAAUAGUGAAAACUCGGUGCGUCAUGCCCCAGCCUCGUUUUUUUUCUCUCUCUGUCAGAUUAUGAAGCAGUAAAUCAGAAACCCUCUU